AUGACGCUGAAUCCAGCAUACGAUGUAAUAGGAAAAGGUUUUGUUCAACAAUAUUACGCCAUGUUCGAUGAUCCAGCCCAACGGCCACAAUUAGUUAACAUGUACAACGUUGACAGUUCAUUUAUGACAUUUGAAGGUAUUCAAAUUCAAGGAGGACCAAAAAUAAUGGAAAAACUAUCAAGUUUAACAUUUCAAAAAAUAAGUAGAGUUAUCACUGCCGUUGAUUCUCAGCCAAUGUUUGAUGGUGGCAUACUUAUAAAUGUAUUAGGUCAAUUACAGACAGAUGAAGAUCCGCCACAUGCUUAUAUACAAACGUUUGUACUCAAACCGAUUGGAAAUAGUUUCUUCGUUCAGCAUGAUAUGUUUAGAUUGGCUCUACAUGAUUGCUGA